GGGGAAGGCAACAUGAAUACAACAGAUGAAAAGGGCAAUCCGCCCAAUUCACAGCCAGAGGAAGAUGACGCCGAUGCAUUGCUUGCUUCUCUCGAAGAUGAGGAUGACUCUGCAUAUCGCAAUCAAAGGCUGAACGAGUUCAAAAGUGCAUCAGCAGCCUCUCGAACCACCACAGUCAAUACUUCGGAGAACCACUACAUCACGCUAACCAGUGAUGAUCAGACCUUGAGUUUUACUACCGAACACGAGAGAGCUGUGGUACAUUUCUUGCACCCUGAUUUCACAAGGUGCAACACUAUGGACACGCAUUGCCAAAUCAUUGCAGAUAAACAUGCUGAAUAUGGCCAUGGAGAUGUCGCCUUUGCCAGGGUUGAUGUCAAGAAUUGUCCUUUUGUGGUUGAGAAGCUUGGUGUCAGAGUAUUACCAUGUGUCAUUGGCUUCGCCAAAGGAGUUGUCAAAGGCCGAAUUACCGGGUUUGAAGGAUUAUGUUGGGACGGAAAAGAAGGGAGCAUGAACGUAACAAGAGCCGUCGAAGAAACGCUUAUGAGUUGGUCCAUCAUACGCAAGAGGCUGCUCUUGGGCCAUGACGACGAGGCUAGUGAUGAUGAGAACGAUGCCUAUGAUGACUCUGAUAGACGGCGAUCUGGCCGCCGGGGCAUUCGAGAUCGCAAACAACAGGUUGAAGAUGCCGACGACGACUGGGACUAAAGGGGGUCUGAGCGAGAGAUUUUCGAGGGAUUGAUCAGGUCUUUGAAGAGCGAGCUCUACAAACGAUGUUCUUCAGGGAAGCCUAAUGGCGACAAGGCUUGAUGCCAGAUCAUAGGUUGUGGUCUGGUCGAAACUGGAACAUCGUUGUCUAUCUCAUACAAGCACAACCAAGCAGAAUGAUGGUGUACUUUCGGGACUGUAGCCGGCACCGCUUGUUAGCCGACCCACCAUGGGAAAAGAUGGGAUUUCCAAAUGGAACUAACUGAUUGAAGGUUUAAUCGAGCUUUUGAAAAG